AUGACGACGGACAUCUCCGUUCGGUACGAUCCGAUCACCCAGACGGAGACCAACGAGGAGUACGAUGGUGGCAACAGCUCCUCAAGGCUCUUUGAGCGAGCCCGUAUCAGGGCCCUCGCAGAUGAGCGUGAGUCCGUCCAGAAGAAGACCUUCUGCAAGUGGGUCAACUCUCAUCUUGCCAGGGCCAACAUGCGCUGCAAUGACCUCUACACUGAUUUACGAGACGGUAAAAAUCUCAUCAAACUUCUCGAGAUUCUAUCCGGUGAAAGACUGCCACGCAUCACCAAGGGCAAGAUGCGCAUUCACUGCCUCGAAAAUGUUGACAAGGCGCUGCAGUUUCUGCUGCGAGAGCAGCGCGUCCACUUUGAAAACCUGGGUUCGCAUGAUAUCGUCGACGGCAACCCCCGCCUUACGCUGGGUCUCAUCUGGACGAUUAUCCUUCGUUUUCAGAUUCAGGACAUUACCAUCGAGGAGGUGGACAACCAGGAGACCAAGUCGGCAAAGGACGCGCUGCUGCUGUGGUGUCAGAUGAAGACCGCCGGCUACCACAGCGUCAAUGUACGCAACUUUACCACCUCCUGGAAAGAUGGCCUCGCAUUUAACGCCCUCAUCCACAAACAUCGACCCGAUCUGAUCAACUAUGAGAAGCUAUCAAAAUCAAACCCGAUCGGAAACCUAAACAAUGCCUUUGACGUCGCCGAGGACAAACUCGGUUUGACGAAACUGCUUGAUGCGGAGGACGUCUUCACUGACAAUCCGGAUGAAAAGUCGAUCAUCACCUAUGUGGUCACCUACUACCACUACUUCUCUAAGAUGAAGGCGGAGACGGUUCAAGGUCGACGUAUCGGCAAGGUGGUCGGCCAAGCAAUGGAGACUGACCGUAUGAUCGACGAGUAUGAGAAGCUGACCAGUGAUCUGCUUCGCUGGAUUGAAAAUAAGAUCGACGAUUUGUCAGACCGAAACUUUGCCAACUCGCUGAACGGCGUACAGCAGGACCUGAUCCAGUUCAACAACUACCGCACCAUUGAGAAGCCGUCCAAGUUCGAGGAGAAGGGCAACUUGGAGAUUUUGCUCUUCACCCUUCAGAGUCGAAUGCGUGCUAACAACCAGAAACCCUACACGCCCAGCGAAGGAAAGAUGAUCUCCGACAUCAACAAGGCAUGGGAGCGUCUGGAGAAGGCCGAACACGAGCGCGAACUGGCGUUGCGCGAAGAGCUGAUCCGCCAGGAGAAACUCGAACAGCUGGCGGCUCGCUUCGAUCGCAAGGCAGGCAUGCGCGAGGCCUGGUUGAGCGAAAACCAACGCCUGGUGUCGCACGACAACUUUGGCCCGGAGCUGUCCGUGGUGGAGGCGGCGGCGAAGAAGCACGAGGCCAUUGAGACGGACAUCAGCGCCUACCAGGAGCGCGUUCAGGCCGUGGUGCAGGUGGCCUUGGAGUUGGAGUCGGAGAACUACCACGACAUAAACCGCAUCAACAGUCGCAAGGACAAUGUCCUCCGUCUGUGGACCUACCUGCAGGAACUGCUCAAGAACCGUCGAACUCGCCUGGACAUGUCGCGAGCACUUCAGAAGGCCUUCCAGGAGGUGCUCUACAUUAUGGAUUCGAUGGACGAAAUCAAGGCUCGACUGCUUACUGACGACUAUGGCAAGCACCUGAUGAGCGUUGAGGACCUGAUUCAGAAGCACACUCUCAUUGAGGCGGACAUCAACGUGCUCAAUGAGCGUGUGAAGACUGUUAUUCAGAAUCUGGAGCAGCUGCGUGACGAGGAGGGACCGGAGGGAUACCGACCGGCAGAUCCGAAGGUCAUUGAUGCCCGAAUCGACGAGCUGAAGAGCGCCUUCACUGAGCUCUUUGAGUUGGCUGUCGCCCGGCGACAGAAGCUGGAAGAAUCAAAACGACUGUGCCAGUUCCUCUGGGACAUGGCCGAGGAGGAGACCUGGAUUAAGGAGAAAGAGCAGAUUCUCUCUUCCAAUGAGAUUGGCCACGACCUUACCACUGUCAGUCUGUUGAUUAGCAAGAAUCGUGCCCUGGAGGAUGAGAUAGCUGCCCACUACCAACAGCUGACCAAUGCUGCCAACACCUGGUACGACUUUGCCAACAGUGGCCACUAUGGCUCAGAGGAGAUCAAGCGACGAACCAAUGAAAUUCUCGCCACCUGGGACAACCUCAAAGAGCUGCAGGGACUGCGGAACAUUGCCCUACGCGAAGGUAAUGACUACCACCAGUUCUUCGCCGAUGCCGACGAUGUGGAGGCCUGGAUGUUGGACUUCCUUCGACUGGUCAACAGCAACGAUGUUGGCAUGGACGAAGCGAAUGCCCAGUCGCUGAUGAAGAAGCACAACGACUGCUGCGAGGAGCUGAAGAACUACUACAAGACGAUCGAGGCGCUGAAGCAGCAGGCAGAUAACCUGGGCAACAACUACCGCAGUCGACCAGAAGUGGUAGACCGCAUUGAUCGCAUUGAGGGCAUGUACAACCAGCUGAUUGACGCGGCCAAUGAUCGCAAGCAGAAGCUGCACGACGCCAUUGCUCUCUACAGAUUGAUGAGCGAAUCAGACGGCGUCGACCAGUGGAUCGAGGAGAAGGAGAAGAUGCUCGCCUCGAUGGCCAUGAGCCGAGACAUGGAGGACAUUGAGGUGAUGAAGCACCGCUUUGAUACUUUUGAACAGGAGAUGAACUCCAACGAGUCUAGAGUCAAGUACGUCAAUGACCUGGCGAAUGAACUGCAGAAUGUCAACCACCCGAAUAGUCAGGAGAUUGCAGAGAGGAACUACCACGUUAACGACAAGUGGAACAAGCUGAAGGACCACGCUGAUCACAAGAAGGAGGAGAUCAACGCCGCCCACGGUGUGCAGACGUUCCACAUUGAGUGCCGUGAAACGAUCUCGUGGAUUGAGGAGAAGACUCGCCUGCUGCAGUCUACCGAAGAGCUGGACAAUGACCUCUCCGGCAUUAUCACCCUUCAACGCCGCCUCAGUGGAAUGGAGCGAGAUUUGGCAGCCAUCUGCUCACAGGUGGAUAAUCUCGAGAAUGAGGCUCAGCGCAUUCAGGACAAGCAUCCCGAGGAGGCGGAGGAGAUUCGUGAGCGCGUCACCCAGAUUAGCACUGUCUUUGAUCAGCUCAACGAGCUCAUUAAGGUGCGCGACGCCAAGCUGGGCGAAGCCGGUGAUCUGCACCGAUUCCUCCGCGACCUGGAUCACUUCCAGACAUGGCUAAAGAACACACAGACUGCCGUCGCUUCCGAGGACACGCCAAACAGCCUGGCAGAUGCGGAGAAACUGCUGAAUCAGCACCAGCAGAUCAAGGAGGAGAUCGACAACUACACGACUGAAUUCAACAGCAUCAUGGAGUAUGGUGAAAAGUUGACGCAGGACAAGACUGACCACCAGCACAUGUUCCUUCGCGAGCGACUCAAGGCGCUUCGCGAUGGAUGGAAUGAGCUGCACAAGAUGUGGGAGAACCGGCAGCAGUUGCUCUCAGAGAACCUCGAUCUGCAGGUGUUCCUUCGCGACUCGAAGCAGGUGGAGGUGCUGCUCAACCAGCAGGAGAUUUACCUUGCGAAGGACGACGUGCCGUCGAAUCUCGAACAGGCGGAAAGUGCAAUCAAACGUCAUGAGACGUUCAUGACGACCAUGGACGCUAAUGAGGAUCGUGUCCGUCACGUGCUGACGUUCGCUGACCGUCUGAAGAACGACGGACACUUUGACUCGGAGAAGAUUGGCCGAAAGGCGGACAACAUCCAGGAGCGGUACAACAACAACAAUGAAAAGGCCCGACAGCACUGGGACAAGCUGCAGGAUCAGUACAAGUUGCAGCAAUUCCUGCAGAACUGCGAUGAGCUGAACGAAUGGAUUCAGGAGAAGUACAUCAUUGCCCAGGAUGAGACGUACCGAAGCGCCAAGACGGUGCACAGCAAGUGGACUCGCCACCAGGCCUUCGAGGCUGAGGUGCUCAGCAACAAGGACCGCCUGUUUCAGAUUAAGAAGAAGGGCGAAGAGCUGGUGGCUGAUAAGCCGGAAAUGCAGCCUCUGAUCGACGAGAAACUGAACGAGCUCGAGCAGCAGUUUGAUGAGCUGGAGAAGACGACCAAUGAAAAGGGUCAGAAGCUGUUUGACGCCAAGCGACCAGUGCUGUACGAACAGACCUGUGAAGACAUUGACUCGUGGCUGACUGAACUCGAGACUCAGGUGCUCACCGCAGAGACCGGCCAGGACUUGACCAGCGUCAAUUUGAUUCUCCAAAAGCAGCAGAUGAUUGAGAAUCAGUUGGCCGUCAAGGCGAAGCAAGUCGGAGAGCUGGAGUCGCAGGUUAAGAUUCUCGAAAAGAUUGAGCCUGACAAAACGGAGGAGCUCAAGGCCAAGAAGGUCUAUGUUGAGGACAAGUUCAACCGGCUGCAGGCGCCACUUGUGGAGAGAAAGCAGCAGUUGCUGAAAAAGAAGGAGGCCUACCAGUUCCGACGAGAUGUGGAGGACGAAAAGAUGUGGAUUCAGGAGAAGAUGCCACUGGCGAGAAGUACAGAGUACGGCAACAGUCUCUUCAGUGUUCAGAUGCUCAUCAAGAAGAAUCAAUCGCUGAAAACGGAAAUCGAAAACCACGAGCCAAGGAUUCUGAACAUUUGCGAAAAUGGACAGAAGCUGAUUGGCGAAGGCCACGAGGACAGCAGCGAGUUUGAGCGACUGAUCAAUGAGCUGAUGGAGUUGUGGCGAGACCUGAAGAACACCAUGGACGUGAGGAAGAGCAAGUUGCUGGAGUCUGAACGCGCGCAACAGUACUACUUUGAUGCCUCUGAGGCGGAGUCCUGGAUGAGUGAACAGGAGCUGUACAUGAUGGUGGAAGAUCGUGGCAAGGACGAGUUCACUACGCAAAAUCUGAUCAAGAAGCACGAGAGUCUGGAGAACGCGGUCGAAGACUACGCCGAGACUAUCAGACAGCUCGGAGAGACUGCUGGUCAACUGAUCAGGGAGGAACACCCUGAAAGUGACCCUAUUGCCAUUCGCCAGUCUCAGGUGGACAAGCUGUACGCAGGCCUGAAGGACCUCUCCCAGGAGCGACGCUCCAAGCUCGAGGAGGCGCUGAAACUGUACACGCUGAAACGAGAGUUUGACGAUCUACUGCAGUGGAUCAACGAGAAGGAGGUGGUCGCCGGCUCACAUGAACUGGGUCAGGACUUUGACCAGGUGACGAUGCUGCGAGAGCGCUUCAACCAGUUCUCCCGCGAGACGGAGCAGAUCGGCAACGAGCGCGUCGCCGCGGCCAACGCCAACGCCGACGCCCACAUUAACGUGGGCCACGUGGACAGCGCCGCCAUUGCCGAGCUGAAGGACAAUCUCAAUGAGGCGUACGCAGAUCUGCUGGAGCUGAUGGAGACGCGCAAGGCGAUGCUCUCCAGCAGUUGGGAGCUGCACAAGUUCUUCCACGACUGCAAGGACGUCCUGGGCAGAAUAUCGGAGAAGUCGAACUCAAUGUCCGACGAGCUCGGUCGGGACGCCGUCUCGGUGUCGAACCUGCUGAGAAAGCACGGCAACUUUGAGCACGACCUGCAGACGCUGAAGGCCGCCGUACAGGCGAUCAUCGAUGAAAGUCGCAAGCUGCAGGUGCUCUACGCCGGCGAUCGCGCCAAUGAGAUCGUCAGCCGAGAGGUGGAGGUGGUGAACGCCUGGCAGAAGCUGCUGGGCAGCUGCGACUUCCGCAGGAGCAAACUGGAGGACACCGGGGACCUCUUCAAGUUCCUCAACAUGGUGCGCGAUCUGAUACUGUGGAUGGAGGACAUUGUCCGGCAGAUGAACACCAGCGAGAAGCCGCGCGACGUCUCCGGCGUGGAGCUGCUCAUGAACAAUCACCAGAGUCUGAAGGCGGAGAUUGACGCCCGGGACGACAACUUCAAUGCCUGCUUCAACCUGGGCAAUGAGUUGCUCAGUCGAAACCACUACGCCAGUGAGGACAUACACGCCAAGCUGUCCAACCUGGAGAACAAACGCGUCGCCCUGAAGGCUCGAUGGGCCGAGCGAUGGGAUCACCUGCAGUUGAUUCUCGAGGUGUACCAGUUUGCGCGGGACGCCGCCGUCGCCGAGACCUGGCUAGUCGCCCAGGAGCCUUACCUGUUGAGUCAGGAGCUGGGGCACACCAUUGAUGAAGUGGAAGGACUCAUCAAGAAGCAUGAGGCUUUUGAAAAGUCUGCUUCCGCACAGGAGGAACGAUUCGCCGCUUUGGAGCGACUGACAACGUUUGAAAUUCGGGAAUACCAGCGACAAGAAGAACUUGAAAAGCACGUCAAGUCGCGUGAAGUGCCUCAACACCCGGACACCACUGACCAAGCACAACCGGCCAAACCCGACUCUCCCGUUCAGGCAUCCCAAUUGGAUAGUGAAGCAGAUGAACGAGCCGAAGACAUCAUUCUUGAAGGUGCCCUGAAUCGGAAACAUGAGUGGGAAACAACGACAAAGCGAUCUACGAACCGAUCAUGGGACAAGGUGUACAUUGUUCUCAAGAAAGGCCUCCUCCUCUCGUACAAAGAUCAGAAGCACGCCAAGAACGAGCCCGAGUCAUACUAUCGUGGUGAGGUGCCUCUGGUUUUGAAGGAGGUCACCGUGGAAGUCGCCUCGAACUACACCAAAAAGAAGCACGUUUUCAGACUUAAGCUGGCCAACGGUGCAGAGUACCUCUUCCAGGCAAAGGAGGACGCCGAGAUGGACUCGUGGAUUGAGAAGAUAGGCUCUGCCGUUGAGAGCGUUCAGUCACCCGGACCUAGUCGAUCGCAGACAAUGCCUGCCGGCGGCUCUGAGGCAAGAAAAGACGAGAAGGAAAAGAAACGAGGCAUCUUUACGUUAAAAAAGAAGUAG